CCGUCGAUGUUAGUGCGCGGUGUGUCGGCGCGCCGCGAGGGUCCGCCUCGUUGUUGUGGUUGUAGUUGUUGUUGCUGCUGCUGCAGGGCCAUGUGUGACGGGCGCGGUGUGUGACUGACGAGCAGCAGCCGCCCGGGCGCACCCAGAGCGCGCCGGCGGCGGCCCCACGUCCACGAUGAGGGCCAGCUCCUCCUGCACGGCGAUGGCCGUCUUGCUGCUGGCCUCGGUGGCGGUGUCCACGGCGGCGGCUGUCAGCGCCAGGCGCGCGCCCGCGGCCGCCAACCCCGGAGCCGCGUCCACGGAGGAGGUCGGCCGGAAGCGCCCGGACAGCCCCGGCGGGGGGGAAUCCUGGCGGCGACAGGAAGCGCGAGGGGGCGCAGGCAGCCAGGAGGACGGCGCCGGCGACGGGGCGAGUCGAAGCCGUCAUCGCCUCGACCCGGAAGCGGGCCGGCCUGCGGCGCCUGCGGCGCCUCGGGCGCGGCGGGAAGCGGGCUCGUUGACCCCCACUAAUGCGUCCGCCGAGCCCUCCGCGGCCCCGGCGGCCCCGGACUCCCCGGCAGCGCCCCUCCCCGAUGAAGCCCCACCGCCGCACAACAUGUUGAUCCAAAGCCACGCCGGAGUCCCCGGGCCUCUGCGUGCGCAACCCCGCGCCCAGGAUGACGACAACAACACGGCGAGCUCCGCGGCCCCCGGCCGCUUCAGCACGCGGGCCUUCAUCGUCACCUCCAGGAAGGGCCGCAUCCUGCGCACCGUCCGCGCCACGCAGGCGCCCUGGCGCCGGGCCGCCGCCAACCAGUCAUCCGUCGCCGGGGAGAUGCGCGAAGCGCUGGCCGACGACUUCGAGGUGAUUCGGUGGCCGACGGACGCGCCCGAGACAACGACGGACGGCGGUGGUGAGCGCCCUGAGGCCUUUCAGGAGGGGAACCAGCCACGGUCCGCUCCCGGACUGGCCGAGCCGCCUCCAGAGGUGGCCGUCAUCCAGUUCAGAGACGUCCCGGGCGGCGACGCGUACCAGCUCAACAACCUGGACAUCGGAGAGGGCAGCGACAUCUUCGGCUACCUGUCCACCUUCCUGUCCUACGUGCAGCCCAACGACUUCCCGCUCGAUCUGCUGAGUGACGUCCUUCACAACCGCGCGCCCCUAGAGUCCAUCGUGUUCCAGGUCCUGCAGCUGGAGGCCGGCUUCCUGUCGCUGACCCUCGUCUACGUGCUGCUGGCCCUGGUCUGCCCGUGCCUCUGCCUGUGCUACGCGUGCGCGCGCAUCUGCGCUGACGGCGAGGACGCCGCCACCCCGGCCUCGGGAGCGUCGUCGCGUGGGGGUAGCCGUCAACCGGGGGCGGCGCGGGGCGGCGGCGGCGGCAAGCGGCGGCAGGCGGCCGCGCAGGGCGAGUCGCCCCUCGAGACGCCACCGGACACACCCCCGCCGCCGGCCUGCCCGCCGCCCUCGGGGCCGCCGCCGUUGGAGGCCUGGGACCCGCGCGUCGUGGACGGCUACCCUUGCCAGCAGCGCUCCAUGCUGGCCCUGCUCACCUCCAUCCUGUUCGCGCUGCUGCUGUCGGUGGGCGCGCAGCUCGCCACCAACCAGCAGGUGUCGGUGGCGGUGGCCGGCGCGCCCGUCGUGGUGCAGGCCGCCCUGGGGGACGUGGACGUCUUCGUGCGCAACGCCCGCCUGCAGAUCGACUCGCUCAUCGUGGGCACCUUCCGCCAGGCCGUGCUCGCCUGUCGCGAGGACCUCAACAAUGUGGACUUGCUGCUCGGCAGGCCCCUGCAGCGAGAGCUAGCCGCCGAGACGGGGCUGGACGUGGCGCUCGACGCGCUCCUGGACGUGGCUGGCGCGUCCCAAGCCGUGUCUGGGAAAGUGCAGCUGCUGCUGCAGUCGCUGGCCGAGGCCAAGCAGGCCGGCCUGCAGGUGCAGGACCGACUGCAGGAGCUGCGCAGCCACGUGGACGCGCUCAAGAGGACGUGCCCCCGCCAGGAGCGGCCGCUCUGCGACACUCUUCACGUCACUGGACUGCACGUCACGCUCAACCUCAACCCGGUCAGGAACUCGAGCAGAGUAGUCGAUAUGACGAUGACAAUAUAUAUCGGCACGGUCAUUUGAUACGUUUCGACCGAUCGAGCGGCAAGUGCCGAACCCUUUCUCUUUCUGUAAUAAAAGAGACGCUCUGAUUUUGCCACGCCCCUGUGCCUUUUACUGGCCUCAACAUUGUCCUCCCGUUGUCAAGGUCGUCCGGUUCGGGUCCUUUCCCCUCCCGGUCCGACCCCUAUCGUCCGAUGCCUCGCCCAUGUCCUCUGCUUUAAUUAAACUAGCCUUAAUUAGGCCAUCUUUCCCCAAAGCCAUUGGCCAGUUGGCCAGGAAUGGAACCUCCCCAGUCGGGGUGCGGGUGCGAGUAGGGGUAGGGUGGCCGGGGACUCGAGCAAACAGCCCCCCUGCGGCUGUCUCGCUCACUCUCACUCUCUCCCGUUGGACGCCGGGUGGGGGCGAGAGAGGCGGAUGCAGAGCACCCCGUCGCUGAGAGACGGCGGUUAAUUUUGUGUGAUUACGUGGGGACAAAGUCUAGCCACCACUGCAAAGAGACUACCGCGAGCUAGAGCGACGCCCCCCUCUCCCCUGGCAAGGAUAUACAAAACUUUGUUCGGUUUCAUUUAGUGAUGCCGCCGCCCUCGUCCGCUCUCGGUCAGACAAAGAGUAAUCUAGUUGCAAGUCGUUGGCAUUCCGACCCCGCCGUGCA